CCGGCUUCCCCGCACUCCCGGGCAUCAUGACUCACGUGUCCACGCACCCCGACCGCCUGUGGAUCCGGCAGCGCACCGUGUACGUGGACGAGCACCAGCGCGUCUGGAGGGCCAAUCUCAUCCCGGUCGGUACAGUGCGCGGGCACCCUCCCUGGGCUGGCCCGGGACAGACACCGGACACUGCUCUGCCCAGUGUGGGGCUCAUCCCGCAGAUAAAGCAGUUACAUGUGUAUCAGGACAUGCACCGCUAUAACAAGGAGCAGGGAGAGCGCAUGCUAGCAUUGCGAGGACUCGGGUUCAAGCCCCCAGCCCUACUUGCAGUCAGAAACAAUAUCCAGGUCCAUCUGCGCUACCGGGGCGAGCUCCCCACAGGGGAGGCCUUGUCACCCCGGGAGAUCGGCUCCAACCCGCUGCCCUCCAUGUGGCAGCUCUACUCCUCCAAGAGGUACCGCGGCUCCAACUCAAACCACUGGCACAUCGCCUACCACAUACGGGCAACUCGGAUGCUGUGA